CACCUCACAUUAGAAAUGACAUGUCUUUUCCUUCUCAGGUUUGAUUGUGCAGAAUUCUUUAAACCAGUUAUUCGGUCUGGGACGUUCAGUGGUUUUGCCUGUCAUGUUCCUCCAAACUUAAUAACUGAGGAUCUGAAGGUGGAGUGGAGAAGAACAACGAGAAACUCUGACUCUCUGGUUCAUCAGUAUCCAGAUAGUGAGAGUCAAACAGAUGAAGAGCAGCAGGAUAAUCAGAAAAGAGCUCAUUUCUUUACUGAGCACAUUAAAUGUGGAAACUUCUCCCUCCGUCUGGACGAUCUGAGAGCUGAAGAUGCUGGAGAAUACACAUGUACAGUUCACAGCAAGAGGGAUUGUGUGUUUUCAGCCAAGACAAAACUGAUUCUGAAGUUCUUUAUGACUGGUCAAGUCUAUCCUCUCGGAGGUUCAGUGGAUUUGCUCUGUCAGAUUGAUAAAAGCUUGUUAGAGAACAGUCUGAAGGUGGAGUGGAGAAGAGCAGAGACUCUGGUUCAUCUUUAUCAGGAUGGCAAGAGUCAAGCAGAAGAACAGCACCAGGAUUAUCACAAAAGAGCACAUUUCUUAAAGAAGAAGAUUAAAGAUGGAAACUUCUCCCUCCAUCUGAAAAAACUGAGAGCUGGAGAUGAAGGGGUUUACAGAUGCAUCGUAUACAAGGACCAGGAUUGUGUGUUUUCAGCCGAUGCAGAGCUGAAUCUGGGGUAAGUGUGUCUGGUGUUG